AUGUUGAUUACGUCUUUGUUCGUUUCCCUCUCAUUUAGCCAUACCGACUUUUCUCUCAUAUUCCCUUUUCUUCUUGUUUUCUAUUUUUUUCUCCUUCUUUCAUUUUUUCCAUUUCUUCUUUACUUCACUGUUUUUUCUCCUUGUCACGCUUUUCUCUUUUCUUCUCUUCUUUUACUUCUUUUUUUCCGUCUUCUUUGUUCUCUUCCCUCCUCUUAUUCAUUUACUCUUCAUCUUCUUAAUUUUUGCAUGUCUUUUUUAUUUUCUCAUCUUUCUUCAUUUCCUUCUCUCUCAUUUUAUCUUGUUUUUUUUCUUUUUACUCAUUCUUUCCUUUUCUUCUUUUAUCUUAUAUUCUUUGUCCCUUUUCUUUCCUCAUUUUCUAUUUUCUUUCCUUUCUUAUUUUUGCUUCACUUUUUUAUUUUCUCUUCGUUUUCUCUUUCAUUCUCUCUUAUUUUUCUUCUUCUUUUUGCUUCUUUGUUCAUUGUCUUCAUUCUCAUCUUCUUUUUCAUUUUCUUUUUAUUCUUUCUUCCAUUCCUUCUCUCUCAUUUUUUCUUUUCUUCCUCUUCUAUUUUCUAG